AACUGCACUUGACGUCCCUCAGACUCUUGCUUUGCUAGCAGCAGUCAGUCACACGGGCUCGAGUCACAUCUCUAGCCGCGGAGAUUCUCGUUCAGUCGCUUUGUGUAUUUACAGCCACCGCUGCGAAAAACGACUACACAGAAUGGGCACGAACUGCUCUUCUCGAAUCACAGCCUUUUGGAGAUGAGAGGGCGGAAACGCGAGUAAAACAGACAGAAGAGAAAGAAAAACAGACGAGGAGCGCGAGAAGGCCGAACCCAUCGAGAGAGCGCGAGAGCAGCCUAGGUUUUCACGCGACAGGCGCGCGGCGCUCAAGUGGAUUUGCGGCUCAAACCGACGAGGACGAAAACACGCCCGUUGCAAACCGUACAUGUGGAUUAUUCGCGGAAAUUUCUUAAUUUCUUUCUCCUCAGAAACUACAUAAACGUCCGGUAACGAUAGACCUUCACCUUCCACGGAGAGGUCGGUGACUGCGAGGACUCAACGCCCCAUGAUGCACAGUGUAUGUGACAAGACCACACCCAUUUUUAGUGUGUAGAGGAAGUUGCAUCGUCAGCAUGUCCUCGCACCCUCAGCCAGUGCCUCAGGGUCGGAGGGCUGUGGACGCUCGUCACCUUCCCAGUUCCGCCACCCUUCCUCUGCAGCUGAGAGCCCAUACGGAUGUUGGUGGACUAGUGGACUACCAUCCUCAUGCUCGGAACUAUGGUUCCCAUUUAUCCCAUGGAUCCCUGGCCCAGCCUCACCGCCGCAGACCAUCCCUUCUGUCUGAAUUUCAACCAGGCAGUGAAAGAGGUCAAGAGCCCCACAUCCGAUAUGAACACAUUUACCUACAUGAUCCCAGCAGCCAAUCAGAAGUGGAGUACUCCGAGAUGAAGCGUCCUCGCUUGGAAAUCGGGGCGGAUUCUCUUAUCCGUCACUCAACCCAUCGUCAGUCCCUCAAUGUGUGUGGAGCUGAGGAAAUGGCAAAGGAGCACAGCAGCAGUUCCAUUGGAAAGAUUGAACCCAUCUCUCCUGUGAGCCCAGUGCCCAUGGAGCCAGACCUGGACUUGGUUCCCUCUCGCCUCUCCAAAGAGGAGCUAAUCCAGAAUAUGGACCGCGUGGAUCGGGAGAUCACCAUGGUGGAGCAGCAGAUCUGUAAACUGCGUAAAAAACAGCAACAGCUGGAGGAAGAAGCUGCGAAACCCCAGGAGCCAGAGCGCACCAUCUCACCUCCACCCAGUGAAGCCAAACACCGCAGCCUUGUCCAGAUCAUCUAUGAUGAAAACAGGAAAAAGGCAGAGGAGGCUCACCGGAUCCUGGAGGGACUCGGACCCCGAGUGGAGCUGCCUUUAUAUAAUCAGCCGUCUGAUACCAAGCAGUACCAUGAGAAUAUCAAGAUAAAUCAGGCAAUGAGGAAGAAGCUAAUUCUGUAUUUCAAAAGAAGAAAUCAUGCUCGCAAACAGUGGGAACAGAAAUUCUGCCAGCGCUAUGACCAGCUAAUGGAGGCCUGGGAGAAGAAAGUUGAGCGCAUUGAGAAUAACCCACGCCGCAGAGCCAAAGAGAGCAAAGUGCGGGAGUAUUACGAAAAGCAGUUUCCUGAGAUCCGCAAACAGAGAGAGCUGCAAGAGCGUAUGCAGAAUAGAGUGGCUCAGCGAACUGGAGGUUUGGCCUCAGCAGCACGCAGCGAACAUGAGGUUUCUGAGAUCAUCGACGGAAUCUCAGAGCAAGAGAACUCAGAGAAGCAGAUGCGUCAGUUAGCUGUGAUUCCUCCCAUGCUGUUUGAUGCUGAGCAGCAGAGGAUAAAGUUUAUCAACAUGAAUGGGCUGAUGGACGAUCCCAUGAAGGUCUACAAAGACAGACAGGUCAUGAACAUGUGGAGUGAACAGGAGAAGGACACUUUCCGUGAGAAGUUUAUCCAGCACCCAAAAAACUUUGCCCUGAUAGCCUCCUUUCUGGAGAGAAAGACGGUGGCUGAGUGUGUCCUGUUCUACUACCUGACUAAGAAGAAUGAGAACUACAAGAACAUUGUUCGCAGGAGCUACCGUCGCCAAGGCAGAAACAAGAAUAAUCAACAGGCACAGCAACAGGUGAACCGCAACAGCCAGGAAGAGAAAGACGACAAGGAGAAAGAGAAGGAGGUAGACCGUGAAGAGGACAAAGCAGAGGGAGAGGAGAAAGAGGAUGGCAUGAAAGAUGACACCUCUGGUGAGGACGGGGAGGAGAAAGAGCCUCCUGUAACCGCUAAAGGCCGGCGCACUGCAAACAGCCGAGGACACCGGAAAGGACGAGUCACUCGCUCUAUGACCAAUGAGCAGGAAGAAAACACUUCACCGCUAAGCAGUGAGCUGGCAAACCUGGAGAUGAAUGAAAGUUCUCGUUGGACUGAAGAGGAGAUGGAGACUGCAAAGAAAGGUCUGCUCCAGUAUGGCAGAAAUUGGUCCGCAAUCGCCAAGAUGGUGGGCUCCAAAACAGUCUCCCAGUGCAAGAACUUCUACUUUAACUACAAGAAGAGACAGAAACUGGAUGAGAUUCUGCAACAGCAUAAAAUAAAAACGGAGAAAGAGCGUAAGGCCAGACGCAAAGGUAAAGCUCUUCAGAACGAGGAGGCCAGCGCUCCGUCUGCUGAAGAGGAGAUGGAGGGCUCGGGAGUCAGCGGCAAUGAGGAGGAGGCUCAGGAGGAUGGAGAGGGUGGAGCUAAUAACAGCUCAGACACCGAGAGCCUCCCUUCCCCGCGCUCCUCAGAUGACAGCAAGGUCAAAGAGGAAGGCUCGGCAUGGCCCAAAACUGCACCCAGUGCCACUUCCUCCUCAUCCUCCACGGACAAGGACAUGGCAGCUAUGGAGACGGGGCAGGAAGAAAAGCCAAAAGUGGAGAAAGGAGAAGGGGAGCAGGGAGUAGUGAAGCAGGAAGUAAAGACUGAACCGACUGAGUUUGGUAAGGAGGUGACAGGAGAAGAUAAGACGCCUCAUGCCCUCGAGGUGGAGGAGGGAAAGAAAGAGGCCAAAAAGAAAGAGCAUGGAGGAAAGAGUGGAGCUCAAGACAGUGACUCCAGCGCCACAUGCAGUGCCGAUGAGGUGGAGGAGACAGAAAGCUCAGACAAAAACAGGCCAAGUUUGUUGAGUUUCGCCCAUGAUGGAGUGAUCACUUCUCCCGUUCAGAAACCACUGGACCUCAAACAGCUCAAGCAGAGAGCAGCCGCUAUACCUCCCAUAAUGCCAGAGGUGUCGGUAGCAGGACGUGAUAACCAGCCCGGGAUGCUGGGGAAGCAGCAGGCUAUGCCCCACGCUCUUGCAUUGUACCAGCAGCAGAUAACCAUGGCACAUGAAUCUUCCCAGGAGGCCAAACAGCAACAAUCACAGCCAACCAAAUCUCAGCAUAACACAGGGGGCGGAGAAUCCAGCAGCCCACGGGUCAGGACUCGCAGCCCUGGUGUCUCUGACAGAGAGAGAGAAGAGCUGGAGGGGAACGAGAGAUGGCUUCAGGCUCUGCUACAUGGAUUACAUAAAUCUCGGGCAUUCUCUCCUCUUGCGGAUGGUAAAAAGAUUCCCGGGGCUGAUGAUGUUCGGGCUUUAGGUCUAGGCCGACCAGUGAUGUCACCGUACCAGCUCUCUCCCAGAGACAUGGCCAAAUUCAGCCAUGAACAGCUGCUACACUACAAUCCCUCAUUGGCUCCUUCUCUACAGCCACAGGAGAGAAUGGCUGCAGUGCGGCCUCUCCAAAUCCCAGAACCCCCUCCUCUCAUCUCCUCUGCCAAACCUGGUGGUUCCAUCACGCAGGGUACUCCAGUGCAAUUGCACAACCCAUCUCAUGGCUCCGACCAUGGAAAAAUCCCAGCACCAGGAUCCCUGGCUCUCUCUUGGAUGGACCAGAGGAAAAUGGGAGGGUUUCCAGUGGUAAAACAGGAGCAGUUGUCUCCACGUGGGGCCUCCUCCUCUCAGGCUGAGAAUCUCUCCUCACAGGACUGCGCUACGUCACGGGGCCCCAUGCCAGCUGUUCAGGGUGGCAGCAUCACGAAGGGCAUCCCUGGCAUGCGUGUGCACCAAGAACCUUCCGUAUCAUAUCGAGGAGGUUCUAUCACUCAGGGCACUCCUGCAGAUGUCUUGUAUAAAGGCACAAUAACCCGUCUGAUUACUGAGGACAGCCCCAGCAGAGAGAGAAGCAGAGAAGACACUCCUUCAAAGGGGCACGUAGUCUACGAGGGCGUCAGUGGACACAUCCUUUCCUUUGACCGGGGUCCAAAUUCUAAGGAAGAGGCUCGUGGGGACAUGGCUGGGCUGAAGAGGACCUAUGACAUGAUGGAGGUUGGCAUUUCUCGUGUUCCGCCCAUCAGAGACUCAAUAUCUGAAGGCUUGAUUAGUCGAGCAAUGCCUCACGAGCGUGAUAGUCCUCAUCUGCACCACAUCCGUGGAUCCAUAUCCCAAGGAAUCCCACGGGAUGACUGUCAGCGCCGGGAGGUUAAACAGAUGAAAAGAGAGGGUUCCCCAUCACCCCGUGGCCCUGGUCAUCCCACUGACACAAUUAAAUCACGCUCUCACGAGAGUAUGGUGACCACCGUUAAAGAGGCAGGACGCUCCAUCCACCUGAUCCCUCCUGAGGGGGUUGUGAUAGGCAAGCCUAAGGAGGGCUCAAUCACCCAGGGCACCCCCAUGAAACAAGAGCCUGUUGGCGCAUCCAAGCGCCAUGAUGUGCGGUCCAUCAUCGCCAGCUCUCCUCGGCCUUACUCUGGACUGUCCUCUCAUCUAGAGCUUAGGCCCGAGCACAGAGGGUCUGACAGGGCACGCUAUGAGGAGGUAGGGAGCAAAUCCCGACCCAGCGCUGUGGUCAGCACCCCCAGCUCUCUGUCCCGUACCUCUCCAUUGGCACUCAUUGGAGAGCAGAGCAGCAGACCCCACCACAGUCCAGUGGGCUAUGAAGAUCACAAAAGAUCUGGCUACCCUCCGCCCUCACACAGAGCCUCUCCACUGUCCGGGAGAGAAAGCUCACAGCGUGCACAUGAAGGCUCUAGUAAGGCCCAGCAGCAGGAGAGAAAAGCCACUCCCACCCCUCGAGAAGUGAGCUCCACUAAGUCUCCUAUGACAGUUGGUGAGCACACUGCGUCUUUGGCUUAUGAGAGGAUCCUGCAGGGGCUGGGAGCUGAGAUGUUCCGGCAGAUACCGCUACCAUUUGACCCUGCAGCUCUUCCCAGGGGAAUCCCGAUUGACCCAGCGUAUUACCUGCCCCGUCACCUGGCCCCUGCCCCUGGCUACCCUCACCACUACCAACCCUACCUGAUCAGAAGUUUCCCUGAAACAGCAGCCCUGGAGAACAGACAAACACUCUUCAAUGACUACAUUACCUCCCAGCAGAUGCACCAGUGGCCAGCCGCUGCUGCCAUGGCUGCCCAGAGACCUGACCUGCUCAGAGGCCUAACGCCUCGAGAGCAGUCCCUUAACUUGGCCUACUCACCCACACCCAGAGGAACAUCUGCAUCUCCUAUGGAUCGUAUCGCAUACAUCCAAGGAACCUCUCCAGCUUUCCCCAGCGGAGUCUACAACACCUCUCCAAUCUCACCAGUGGGUGCUUCUCACAUGAGCAAGAUUCAAGGCAGUUCGACAUCCUCAGAGAGAGAAAGAGAACGGGAGAGGGAGAGAGAAAGAGAGCGGGAUCGUGAGAGAGAGCGAGACCGAGAGCGAGAGAGGGACAGGGAACGUGACCGAGACAGAGAGCGUGAGAAAGAUCGGGACAGAGAAAGAGACAAGUCCCUUGGCCAUGGUAACGUGGAACAUGCCCCUAUAUGGAGACCAGGAGCACCAGAACAGAUGGGUGGCAGCAGCGGGAGCAGUUCUCGUCCCCCAUCUCAUCCAUACAGUCACCAGUCGUCUCCGCUCUCCCCCCGUCCCCAGGACUGCUUGCAGCAGAGACCCAGUGUUCUGCACAACACCAGCUCAAAGAGCCUGCCCAAUUCUGAGCACAAUAGUCCCUCUGUGCUGCGGCCACCAGGCUCUGCUCGGUACCAAGGCUUCAGUGGGCACCUUCGGUCUGGUCUAGCAAAUGAGGGUUACCCAUCUGGUACAGACUCAAACGCUAAAGACUUGAGCAGAGAUGGGAUCAAGAGCCAUGGGCGUGGAGGUCUGUCCAAACAUCAGGAUCUUCAAUCCUCUUCCAAGCCUGACCCCAAGCUGGCCAGCCCCGGUGCCGGUGGUUCAUACCCCUCUCCUUACAGCCAGGCCUCUAGUGCCCACCUUGGUCUGCCCACAAGUCGAGGGCACCCCUUGCUGGUUUCCGAAAGCAACAGCGGCAGCAGUUCCAUCCCGUCCCGUGGUGGGGAUGGCAUCAGCAGCGCGUCAAGUAGGGAAAAGACUCAAAACAAAGUGAUGUCCAUACAGGAACACGAACUUCGAGCACUCGGUAAGACCACCAUGACAGCGGCCAACUUCAUAAACGCGAUAAUCAUGCAUCAAAUUUCUUGUGAUGCGGCGAUGCCAGAGACUGGUGCGCUCGCGACCAACGGCACCUGUGAUGCACACCAAAAGGCACUAGAACAGCUGUACGGGUCUGAGGAUAGACUUUCUCCAGGACAGCAGCUGCCGUCUGCCGUCAAAGGCUCUCAGAGAGUGGUCACCCUCGCCCAGCACAUCAGUGAGGUGAUCACUAAAGACUACACACGACAGUCGCAGCAAGGCCAGAUAGGUGGUCAAUCAUCUCUACAGCCUGUGUUUGGGUAUCACAACUCACCUGUGCUGGAUCUCACCCGUCCUCCCAGCGCCCCCCAAGCCCAGACCCCAACAGACCCCAACACCCGCUACACCCCAGAAGGCAAUGCUGCUGAGAGGGAGAGAGGGAGAGACAGGUCUCCUCCUCAGAGUAAGGCCUCUCCAGUGAGUCUGGCUGCCGACGGGAUUGAACCUGUUUCACCACCAGGGGCCAUUUCAGAGCAGGAGAUGUCAGGAGCCACCUACCCUAAUGAACAAGCAGAGCAGGGUAUGGGAUCUCGUUCUCCGGCCAGUAGCUCUCAACCACCAGCCUUCUUCAGUAAACUGACUGAGAGCAACUCCGCCAUUGUCAAGAGCAAGAAGGAAAUGAUUAAGAAGAUGGUGGUCAGCGCAGAGGCUGAAUUUAACCAGGGCCAACCUGGGACAGAAAUUUUUAAUAUGCCUGCCUCUACAAAUGCAGGACCUGUGAGCGUGCGCAGCCACCCAGCACCAGAGGCCAGUGGUAAUACUAUAGGUCUGGAGGCCAUCAUCAGGAAAGCCCUCAUGGGCAAGUAUGAUGAACAGAUGGAUGAUCGCUCACCGUCCAACUCUGUCAACUCGAUGAGUGUUGGUGUGCCAGCUGCUGUCGGGCCGCCAGCUUCAGCGGAUGGGCGUUCUGAAGACCCCUACUCCCUGCCAGUCAAAUCCAAAGGAGGGCGCUCUAACGGUCGCAAGACUAAGUCUCCUGGUCUGUCCGGAGGAGAGAGACCUUCAUCUGUGUCCUCUGUCCACUCUGAGGGAGACUGUAACCGUCACACCCCACUCACCAACAGAGUGUGGGAGGACAGACCCUCAUCUACAGGCCCCACUCCAUUCCCCUGCAAUCCCCUGACCAUGCAGAUGCGUCUCCCCAGCGGGAUGAUGUCGGGACCCUCACCUUCCCCUACGCAGCAGGGUGCGUCUGCACCUCCACAGGGCCAGACUCAACCCCGCACCUGGGAGGAAGAACCCAAACCUCUGCUGUGCUCUCAAUACGAGACCCUGUCAGACAGCGAGUGAACACACACCUCACGCCGCGUACACUAGGACUGAACGUUUGCUGCUUAUGAACAAAAACUUGUUACUGUAAACAGGGAUGUUCGUGAACACACACGUACUCAUGUCCAUACUGACAUACACUUACGGGAACACCCCAAGCGCACACACUCACGCCAUUAGUGGAAGUGCAUUAAAUGGCUGCAGACGCGUGUUGUGUCAGUGUGUUUGUGAAUGCGCACACAUGUAUUAGCGUGUGCAUCACUCCAGGACUACUUGUAGGAUGAAUCACUUUUUAGUUUUUUUUUUUUUUUUUAUAUGAAUAUAUAUAUAUAUAUAUAUAUAUAUAUAUAUAUAUAUAUAUAUACACUUCUAUUUUUGUGUCGUCUUGCAAGCCUUAUCAGAGUUGACUCAUGGACUCAUCUGUUUUUUUGACGCGUUUUGGAGCAUUCCUCAUUAGACUGCUCAGGACACACCUUUAUACUGUAAUACAACUGCAAAUUGUUUGUUUUUUGUGCGUGUGUGUGGUUUGAUGCAAAGGCUGGAUGAAUCCUCUGCAGAAAUGAGCACCCACC